AUGAGCACGAUACAAAACCUCAAAAACUUCAUCCGUCACGGCAAACAAGCCAGAGUAGCCGAGCCGCCACGAGAUCAGCCUACCACCAAUAUCUCUCCAGUCCACGCCCAUCAGCAACAGCGAAAUCAUGGCCAAGCACACAGCGAUCCCAAUUUCGCGCGCCAGAAUCAAGGUUACCAACAGCCACAACAAGUAGCGGGCGAGUACUCUGUCGCUGCUGUGAACCAACAGAAUGUUGCAGCCCAAGCAGGACAUGCAGCCGCAAAUGCUGCUGGUCAAGGACAACAGAUGCAGAACCAGGGCCGAGAAGCAGAGCUGCAACAAAUCAUCAACGAAGAGCGAGAACAAAAGGGCAAGUUACCAAAAUAUCCUGGCCUAGAACGAUACGUUCUACUGGAGAAGAUGGGAGACGGUGCAUUCAGCAAUGUCUAUCGUGCCAAAGAUACCCAACAGCCAGGCGAAGUCGCCAUCAAAGUUGUCCGCAAAUUCGAGAUGAACGCGAAUCAGGAUGCUCACCUACAUCCGGAUUUGAAAAAGCAACCCAAGGUUGUGGAGCGUGCGAACAUCCUCAAAGAAGUGCAGAUAAUGCGUCAAUUAGAUCACCCUAACAUCGUCAAGCUAAUCGACUUCUCCGAGUCUCGACAAUACUACUACAUCGUCCUCGAACUUUGCCCUGGCGGCGAGCUUUUUCACCAAAUUGUGCGUUUGACCUAUUUCAGCGAGGAUCUCUCUCGACAUGUCAUCACUCAAGUGGCAAAAGCUUUAGAAUACCUACACGAGGAUAAAGGCGUUGUGCAUCGUGAUAUCAAACCUGAAAAUCUGCUGUUCUAUCCAGCACCAUUCAUUCCAACAAGGAACCCAAAGCCUAAAAGUCCCGAAGACGAGGAUAAGGCCGAUGAGGGCGAGUUCAUACCCGGGGUGGGUGCCGGUGGAAUCGGGCGGAUCAAGAUCGCAGACUUUGGCUUAUCGAAGAUUGUAUGGGAUUCGCAAACCAUGACGCCGUGUGGUACGGUAGGAUAUACGGCGCCCGAAAUCGUCAAGGAUGAACGAUACUCCAAGGCAGUGGAUAUGUGGGCACUAGGAUGCGUGCUCUACACACUGCUUUGCGGCUUUCCGCCGUUCUACGACGAAUCGAUCCAAGUCCUUACAGAGAAGGUGGCUAGAGGCCAAUAUACAUUCCUCUCGCCUUGGUGGGAUGACAUCUCCAAGCCAGCUCAAGAUUUAGUAUCGCACCUGCUGACCGUCGAUCCUGACAAACGCUUCACCAUACGAGAAUUCCUCGCUCACCCAUGGAUUCGAAAAUCCGACAAAAGGAAUGGCUCGGCCAACCAAACACCCGGCGGCGGCACACGAAGAGCCGACUUCCGCUCCCCAGGUGCCAUCAACCUCCGCGAAGUCUUUGACGUCGGCUACGCCGUGCACCGUCAAGAAGAGGAAGCCAAACGACGAAAGAACUUCAAGCACGGUUACCGCGGUGCGGUCGCCCCAGGCCAAAUGGGCAGCCUCAACGUGCUGGAUGAAGAUGAUUACGACGAGGAAGAGACAGAUGGUUAUGAUGACGAUAUCGCCAGCAAGGUACCAAAAUCUCAACAACCAUCCGACGUUGCGGGCAUGGAAGCGAAGAUGCGCAGCACCAAUCUAGGCACGCAUCCGUCGUCGGCUGCACAGGCACGAGCGUCAGCUGCAGCGCCAGCCAGGAGUCAACAAGCCGCACAACAGGAACGGGGCUAUGGUCAGCAUAGUCCCGCCGUGGCGGCCGCUGCGAAGCAGAGUGUAGGGCGGAAGGCGAAACAGCCGUUUGAAUUGAGUCUGGAUAACUCGACCUUGUUGGGGAGGAGGAACAAGGGUCCGGGCGGGAUGCAGAUGCAGAUGCCGAUGCCGGGACAGGGAGAUAAGAGGAGUAAAUUGAGGGAGGAGGUGGUGAGGUAG